GGGAUAACGCGACAGAAGGCGCUGACGCCUUCUUCUGGGACGUUAGUGGAGUUAGGAAGUUAACGGAAGAUACUGCUAGCUACGGAUUAGCAGCCGUUUCAUUUGAAAAUGGCCACAGAAGAACUUUCCUCCAAGCUCAGUCGUCGGCUCCAGAUCGAAGAAGGAGCUGAGGAUCCUGUUGCUGUGGACCUCAGCGGGGACCAGAAUGGGUCGGAAGACAAACCGAGUACGGCCAAUGCAGACUCGGAGCUCGGCGCUAAGCUGAACCGGCGAGAGGAGCUUAACGACGGGCAGGGUGAGCACCGGCAGCCCAGCAUGAAGGUCUUCAACCCGUUCACCGAGUUCAAAGAGUUCUCCCGGAUCCAGAUCAAAGACAUGGAAAAGAUGUUCAAAACGUAUGAUGCUGGGAAAGACAACUACAUUGACCUGAUGGAGCUGAAGCUGAUGAUGGAGAAGCUCGGAGCUCCACAGACCCACAUUGGCUUGAAGAACAUGAUCAAAGAGGUGGACGAGGACUUGGACAACAAGCUUAGCUUCAGAGAGUUCCUACUCAUCUUCAAAAAGGCAGCAGCAGGAGAGCUGGCAGAGGACAGCGGCCUCAGUGUCCUCGCUCGCCUCUCUGAAAUUGACGUUUCCACAGAGGGGGUCAAGGGAGCCAAGACUUUCUUUGAAGCCAAAGUCCAGGCCAUUAACGAGUCCAACCGCUUUGAAGCAGAAAUCCGCCAGGAGCAGGAAUCCAAGAAGAAGCAGGCCGAGGACCAGAAACAGAGACGCGCUGCUUUCAAAGAACUGCAGUCAGCCUUCAAGUGACCGCCUCCCUCUUCUUCAGGACCUCCCGCUUUUUAUGCUGCACUAAUGUCAGUUUGUCAAUGUGUGUGUUUGAAUGCUCCAUGUAUGUCAGUGGUUGUCCUGAGUCAAACACAGGCUCAUGGUGCCCGACGUGCUUGUCAGGGAGCUUACAUGUAUUUUUUCAUUAUAGUUAAUUGGUACUGCUUAUUAGGGCUUGGUUUCAAAAAAUCAAUUUUCCAAUUCAGUGUGAUUGAUCUGAUCUUUACGAUUUAGAAAAGUCACAAGAUUGAUCUUUUAAGAGGCUCCAUUUUGUUUUAAAGUAGACUGAAGACAUUGGAGUAUUUCUUAGAUUGGCAUCAAAUGAAACUACACAAAGUUAAGUGAGGACAAAGCACCGGCACGGCCAUGUGGGCCUGGAGGGCUUUAAGUGUCUCCGCAUCACCCCCUCUGCACUGAAGAAAAGCACACGUUCGCUUUCUGUCUCUAUGUAACGGCUUUGGGAGUCAGUUCUUAAAACAAGAUUCCUAUUUUCAAUAAUGCUACAGGUUAGAGGAUUCCUUGUACAAUUUACAGCAUCUGAAUCUUUUUGUACAUCCAUUAAUAUUAAGUAAUAUAUAAAUUGCUAUGCAGUAUUUUGGUGUCAAACUUAUGGAUUUGUCCCUCUAGUCAGCCUACAUAAAUGGCUUACCUAGACCUGACACAAAGUGCUUCUCAGUCUGAACACACAGCAUGUGUUGUCUUUUCUGUAAACUGGCCAAAAUGAUCCCGUGUCCAUGGCGUUCUAUUUUGUAGACCAGUUCUAAAUACGCGUGUCCCCCGGCUUCGGCUACUCCGGGUGUCAGCUUGUCUGAGAUGUAUCUGACCCCUCAUUCCAGAACUCAAGGUAGUGUUUAAUGAUGAACAAACAGCUGAGCUCUUUUUUUAUUGACGGCUCUGUAUUUUUGUACGUCGGGGUUGGGUGGGUAUUGAGUAGAUUUUGGAUGUGGUUCGGGAUGGUUGUGGUGGGUUUUUUAUGAGCCCUCUUAAUCACAGCUUUGAAUAAUGUACAGUAUAUUUUAAAUGUAGGUCUUCCCAGCCAUUGUUCUUAUCAUUUUAAUAGCAUUGUAUUAUUAAAUCCUGGUUUAUGUCAUUGUUUCACCACUAGCUGCUUUUACAAAGAAUCCAGUUCAAACGAAUGAACAAGU